UGCUGUUGCAAGGACUUUGUGACCUAACCGCCUUAAAUGGAAGAGUAAAUAGUUUAAUAAGAAAGUUUUCCCGGUUCCCCCAUCCCCAGAUAAGAAAUAAAGUUUUGCGGAAUUAGGAUCUCUUAUGGAAUUAAGAAUUAAAUCAAAGAAAUUAUUUUGUUCGGGGUUAAGGGUGGCACUGACUAAUGAUGAUGUAUCGGCAGUUGCGUCGGUAUCAUCAUCAUUUAUAUGUUGGGGGAAGAAAAACUGGUCAACAGCUGUAUCAGGGUCGUCAGUGAGGGAAUUAUGUGGAAGUGGGAGACCAUAAUCAG